AUGUCCCCUUAUACCGUGGCUGCUAGUGGCCAACCUUACAGUCCUUCAUAUCGUCUUCAUGUCCAAAAGGACGGCAUAACUAUCUCUCCCUUCCACGACAUUCCCCUCUUCGCCAAUGCUGAAAAGACCAUUUACAACAUGGUGGUCGAGAUCCCUCGGUGGACCAAUGCCAAAGUAGAGAUUGCCACUGGAGAAGCAUUCAACCCUCUGAAACAAGAUAUGAAGAAAGGCAAACUUCGAUUCGUUCGCAACUGCUUCCCAUACAAGGGUUAUAUUUGGAAUUACGGAUGCUUGCCACAGACAUGGGAGGAUCCAACAUCGGUGCACCCCGAUACCAAAGCACGUGGCGACAAUGAUCCUAUCGAUGUGUGUGAGAUUGGAGAGCAAAUCGGUUAUCCUGGCCAGGUGAAGCAAGUCAAAGUGCUUGGUGUGAUGGCACUUUUGGAUGAAGGAGAAACCGAUUGGAAGGUGUUGGCUAUUGAUGUAAAGGAUCCCAUGGCGGAUAAAUUAAAUGACAUCCAUGACGUGGAGAAAUACCUUCCUGGACUGAUUGGUGCAACUCGGCAUUGGUUCAAGGUUUACAAGAUGCCAGAUGGAAAGCCUGCUAAUAAGUUUGCUUUCAAGGGUGCAUGCAAGGAUAAAGUUUACGCUACUCAUGUGAUUCAUGAAACCCACGAUGCUUGGAAGAAGCUUAUCCAGGGCAAGAUACCAGCAAAGGCUGACACGCAUGAUAUUAAUGUAUCGAAUAUCACUAUUCAUGAUUCACCUUAUAAUGUAAAGCCGGUUCAAAAAAGCAAGGCAACUCCUCCCCCAGUAGCUGUAGAACCGAUAGUUGAAGGGAAGGAUGACAAGUGGUAUUAUAUCAAAGCAAACUUAUAA